AUGCACAACAACAAAAGCAUCACUGAGCUGGUCAUGGAUUAUGACAAUGACACAUGGCCCAAGGACCCACUGCACCUCUUCCCUGCUUCCCUUCUCACUGGGAUCACUGUCACCUGUGUCCUCCUCUUUGUUAUUGGCAUCUUGGGCAACAUGAUGACCAUGCUGGUGGUCUCCAAGUUCCGGGACAUGAGGACAACAACCAACCUGUAUCUUUCCAGCAUGGCCUUCUCAGACCUUCUGAUCUUUCUCUGCAUGCCUCUGGAUCUUUUCCGCCUCUGGCAAUAUCGACCCUGGAACUUUGGGAAUCUUCUCUGCAAGCUCUUCCAGUUUGUCAGCGAAAGUUGUACCUAUGCCACCAUCCUCAACAUCACUGCCUUGAGUGUCGAGAGGUAUUUUGCUGUCUGCUUUCCACUCUGGGCCAAAGUGGUGAUCACCAAAGGCAAAGUUAAGCUGGUUAUUCUUGUGCUCUGGGCUGUAUCUUUUGUCAGUGCUGGCCCUAUCUUUGUCCUGGUUGGGGUUGAACAUGAAAAUGGCACCAAUCCCCUGGAGACAAAUGAGUGCCGAACCACAGAGUAUGCGAUCCAGUCAGGGCUCCUAACCAUCAUGGUGUGGACCUCUAGCAUCUUCUUUUUCCUGCCUGUGUUUUGCUUGACCGUCCUCUACAGCCUAAUUGUAAGGAAACUCUGGAGGAGGAAGAGGAAGGAUAUUGGACCCAAGACUUCUAUCAGGGACAAGUAUAACAGACAGACUGUCAAAAUGUUAGCUGUGGUGGUUUUUGCCUUCAUACUCUGCUGGUUGCCUUUUCACAUUGGCCGUUAUCUGUUUUCCAAAUCCUUUGAAGCUGGAUCCUUGGAAAUUGUUGUCAUCAGCCAGUACUGCAACCUGGUAUCCUUUGUCCUCUUCUACCUGAGUGCCGCCAUUAACCCAAUCCUGUACAAUAUCAUGUCAAAGAAGUAUCGGAAAGCAGCUUACAGGCUCUUUGGAAUCAAGGUGCCAAGAAGGAAAAGACUCUUGUUGACAAAGGAAGGAGGUUCCUGUGCUUGGACAGAGUCCAGUGUCACUGCAACAUGACAGUGUGGAUGGGACACAAUUGUCACCUAAAGCCAUAACAAAAUGGAAAAGAUGUUCAGGUUCAAAGGAUGUUAUGCUGUUUCUUUUCAUGAUUCAGGACAGGUGCAGUUUUGAAAUGCAGAGAACGGCAUGGAAAUAGAAAACAUAGAAAGUUGCAAGCAUGUUUAUGAAAGUGUCACUGAAAAAUGCUCUGCCAGUGAAAAUGUGGAAACAGCACUUGAUGUUGCAUGAGUGUGGUGAUCUAGCUUGCAUCUCAGGUUGGAGAAAACAAGAGUUGCUGUCUCAGCUGUGUAGUGUCAGCUGGGACUAAGAGAUUGAGAGAGGCAGCCCUGCAAUGAUGUUUCAUGGUUCCAUGCCCCUAACCAUAGGUUCCAUCCAUUGAGUGGGUCCCUGGAGCACAGCUGGAAAUCUAAUUACAGCAAUAGUGAGCAACUUUGUUCUGGGUCUAAUAACUCCUAUCAGCACUGACCAGCAUGGCCAAUGAGGAAGGAGGGUGAAUCUUGCCAGCUAAGUGGAAUGAUCAUAGGGGAAGUGCUAGAAUUCCCUCAGGUAGUUUUCAUGAGGGACUUCUACAUCUAUACUUGACACCAUCCUGUUGGUAGUUGCUCAGGUCUUUAUGACAUUGAAAGCAACUGUGGGUCUGUGUCAAUAGAUCUAUGGCUCCCCACAUUCCAGAAGAUACAGUUGAAAUAUGGUUUUCUAUAAUGUGGGAAGGUGGUUCUGGAGGAACUUUCUGUCCU